UUGUUCUGCACGAAUUCAUGCAAAUUUCCUUUUCAUUCACUUAGCCUCUUGUAUCACAACAACUUGUGUUAAUAUGUUACAUUUAAACUUAAUUACCUAACACACAAUUAUCCACCAUUCCAUUUUAAUAGGUAUAAACACAAUAACUCCUCAGCAUUUUAGCAAGGUAAGCAAUCCUUACAGAGUAUAAUGUACCGCGGAAAUCGAGCGCGCGGCAGGGGCCGAGCCAGCUAUCACGCGCAUUUUAGCAGAGAUGCAAACACACACCUCUCCAGAUAUGAAAAGAGUCGAUCACCACACUAUACUGUAAGCAGAAGACCAAGAAGCAGAUCACCACCCAUUGAGGAUAUAAGAGAACACCGACGUGAACGGCACUGGUCAAGGGAACAUGAAGAAAUCAUCAGAAGAAGAAAAAGAUCUGUUUCACCAACAAGAAGCAGAGAAAGAAGCAGAAGUCCACCUAUUUUCAGCCACAGCAGAAAAAGAGAAGAAAGAGGAAGAUCCAGAGAACAUAUUUGGGAGGAAAGAGAAGACAGCAGAGAAGUAAGGAGGCAGAGACAUGAAGAAGAUGCUUCCAGGAGUUUUAAACAUGACAAGGAAAGAAGUGAUCAUCAUGCAUCAUCCAGGAAUGGAAAACCAAGUAGAAAUGAUAAGUACCACUGGAGAAAGGAGGAAAACAAUCAUAAUCAUGCAGGGAUUCAUCCUGUUGAAGAGGAAAGUAAUGAAGGCGUUCAUGACUUAAGGGAAAUCAUCAAACGAAGUCGAGAUGCAACGCGAAGUCCGCGAAAUCCACAAUACGGCGAGGAAUUUGUGGAAGGCGAUGAAUACUUUCAAGAGUUUGUGCCAAGCAUCGACGAAAACAGACGCAGCAACACCCGAUGGGAAUCAAAUCAAGAUCGAGGACAUGAUGAAUUCAUCACGUUUAAAAAAUCCAUACAGAAUGACAUAGCACAGGAAUCAGGACAAUUUGUUUCAUCAAAAGACAGUCAUCCAGAUAUUCCAUUCUUCGACGGUAAUGAUCAAGAAAUAACACCGCGGCAAUUUAUUAAGAAGAUUGAAGAUAUAGGAUACGCAACCGGAUGGAAUUCCAACGAACUCAAGUGUCAAAUGGCGGCCAAAUUAUUGGCAGGCGCGAGAGAAUGGUUCCUCAAAGAUGAACUCAUGAACGAACCCUGGGAGAAGGUGAAAACGCAGUUUAUCAAGAUGCAUCCAACAGAUAUGGACUAUUUUCAACAGUUGAAGAAGAUGAUGGAUCGCACCAAGUACGACAACGAGUCAUACAGUAAUUAUUUCACGUUUAAAACUAUGCUCAUGAGCGCCGUGGGGAUCACAGGACGACGCGCUGUUUCUUGCCUAAUCGGAGGACUACUUAAUCCAGAAUUAGAGUCACAAUGCUACCAAAAAAACUACGCCACACCUGAAUUAUUAUUCGAUUACUUAAACACUCGUAAAACACCGGUUCAACACAACACAGGAGAAUCCAGCAGGAAAUCAUCGCGUUAUUCACCGAAGAAGGAGAAUCACAUACCGCAUAAGAAACCACUUCUGAAAACACCGAAAGAACCGCCGAUUUUAAACAAUUUAAUACCAAAAGAAGAAGUGCAUGCUGUACAGGAUUUCACCAACGAACCAUUCAUCAUUGUCAAACCAGAAUAUGAACAGAAACAUCUUCUAACGAUUAAAAUACGGAAUCAUAUCUUGGAUGCGUAUAAUGAUAUGACAGCGCAGUGUGUUACACUCAAAGAAGAAUCCGCCAAACACAUACAUCUGGAAUAUUCGCGAAGACGGACGGCAAUUAUUGGAUUCCGUGGGGUGCCGGUGAUGGCAUUGGGGGAUUGCGAGAUUCGCAUCGGGAUUGAUCAAGCUACAAUCAACUGUCGCGUGUAUAUCGUGCCAAACAUCUGCCAGGAGAAACCCGUGGUGGUUGGGAAAACAAUGCGCGAGCAUCAACACUUGACUUAUCAUGAGAGCACGAAUAGUAUAUCUUUCAAACCGCGCACGGCUUAUCCCAACACGUUUUCCACCAAUGAGAAACGCAAAGAGAAAUCGAAUCAUAUUAAAUGAUUCGGGAAAUAUAUUUAAAAAAAAAAAACACCAAGUUGUUCUUUGUGACAACACAUAAUGCAACAAUUUCUGUUUGUUGCUUUUAGCAAACUGAAUUUUUAAGAAAUAAUCGCGACCGAAUUGAUAUUGAUUCAGUUGUGAGUUCAUCUAGUAAAAUAAUUGCAGCUUGUAAUUAUAAUCAGAUAAGAUUUUAAAUUAUAUUACAUAUUAGUUAAUGAUUCGCAACAUUUGAACACACGAAACUUACCUUCAUUUGUUUAUCAUGAACAAAGUCAAAGUGUAGUGUUGCCAUAUUUAUUGCUAAAGUAAGUAAAACUCUGAUAUAGUACACUUAACGGUUGUUUUAGUCUCUUGGAAUUUGGAGUUGCGCUCAUUCAUUGUAAGGAUGGAGUUAAAUAUAUUCUUAUCACCGCA